AUGGAGUACAUCCGUUGGCGCGGAGUGAUCUCACAGCAAUCUAUACACACAGAACCAGUUCUUGAUUAUCAGUACUCUUCAUCAGAAGUUCGUAUUCUCGUCGAGUUUCAAUGUGAAACAGUGAAAAAGUGGGUAAUACAUUGUGACGAUGGAGAACUUCUAUUUGUUAGAAAUGAAUCACAUCGAGAAGCAGCGAUGACAAGUCAAACUCGUUUGGAUUACGCAGCAGCUAACGAAGAUUUAAAACAACUUCUGUUGGAAAAACUCGAAACUUACGACCUAAGAGAUGAUCAGAACUGUAAAGAAAAACUUGCUGAUAAAGUAAUUUACCAAGCACGAAAAUUAGGCAGCACGGGCAAGGAGAGAUCUUCUUCAUUAUUUGUUAAUAUAAGGAAGACUCUAUUUUAUGUUGUGCGCGAAAGUAUUUCACAGUUGGGGGAAAUCGGUGAUGGUGUUAAGAUGGUGCCUGCGAGUAUGGAUGCAAUCUUAUCGCUUCCGAAGAAAGAGAUGGACUACAAUGGGGACGAGUUCGGGAAUUGUACAGUAUGCCUGGAGGAGAUCGUGAAGGGGGUGGAAGUCUCGACCCUGCUGUGUUCGCAUAUGUUUCAUAGUAAUUGCAUUACAGAAUGGCUAAAGAGAAGUCAUUACUGUCCCAUUUGUCGCUUUGAGAUGCCUAUUGCAAUGAAUUAG